CAGCUCCAGAAUCGGAUCCGGAACCAACUUCGGAAUCAACUCCGGAAUCGGAUUCGGGCAGGUCCGAUUCCAAGCUACCAGCUCUAGUUCCGUAAUCAGGUUUAAUUACCAUUAAAAAUUGUUUUAAAGUAUUUAUUUUUAAAUCGCCGCUGCUCCAUCAGGGUUAAAUUGCAAUCAAGCCUCAACUUGUCUACAAGUGACCGAACACACCACAUUGCACACAACCCACUGCUUGUAUGCGAGGCGAGCGCCGAUACGAGAAACAACACCACGCGCGCGUUUGUUCACCCAUUUUUGCAGCCGCGUUACCAUGGUGAGGAUGGAAAACCAAAACUAAAUAUUUUCACACACCAGCACUAAGGAGCAGUACAGCAAAAAAAGGGGGGAAAGAAGGUGUGUAAAAGUAUGCGCACCACUCCGCGCCCCGUAUGGCCUGCUGUGUUUAUUUGUUAUCGUUCGCGUAUCGCAUCAGGGUGUGCAGGUGUGCGCGUGUAGAAGCCCGUAGUACGGUCGGUCCCCGGUGUGGUGUAGUCCAUCUGUGCCCUGCUGUGUGUUCUGCUGUAGGAUUAAGGAUUGUAAAGUGCAGGAAAAAAAAACGAGUCCUGUGUGCACCUUCUGCUGCACAGUUGUGCGCUUUUUUUGGGUAUAGAUUUAUAAAUAAAGCAACGAAGCGUGUUGUUCGCUUAAGACACGGGAAAGAAGACCCUUUGGCACAAACCAAAGACAGGGCGUGUGAUUGAGUGUGUGUGUGUGUGUGUGUGUGUGGCUGUGUGUUUGUAUUUCGCGUGUGUCCUUGCGCGUGGCUUUAAAUAACCACCUCGGUACGGCCAACAAGCAAAAACAAGCAAAAACAAAAAAACUCCAAAAUCAGAAUGGCAAAAUCUGCAUCCUUCCUGUUUGAGGUCCGGCCGCUGUCGGCCUCGGUUAAGGCGAAACCCGUCCGCAGUGUCAAGAGUGCCUCGGCUGCAAUGCGACCCGUUCCGGCAUUUUCGAUCGAAUCGCUCCAGAAGAACACCUACGUAAUGGGGCCACCGAAGGCACAGAAGCAACGGUACAUGAUACAGCCGAAGGCGACAUCGUUUCGGAUGUACUACGAGCGGGGCGAUCUGCCGAUCAAGAUGGAGUAUCUGACCGGUGGCGAUAAGAUCGCCUGGACGGUCGACAUCGACAAGCUGGACUACGGCCUGUAUCUGCCCCUGUUCUUUGACGGGCUGUCGGAAACGCGCCACCCGUACAAAACGUACGCCCGGCAGGGUGUGCAGGAUCUGCUGUCGCACGGCGGCGACAAGAUCUAUCCCGUCAUUCCGCAGCUAAUUAUACCGAUUAAGAAUGCACUCAACACGCGCAACGUGGAGGUGAUGUGUGUUACGCUGAAAAUUAUUCAACAGCUCGUCAUGUCGUCCGAUCUCAUAGGGCCCGCGCUCGUGCCGUUCUACCGCCAGCUGCUGCCAAUGUUUAACGCCUACAAGGUGAAAAACAUCAACUCGGGCGAUGCCAUCGACUACGGGCAAAAGAACAACAUGAACGUGGGCGAUCUAAUUGACGAGACGCUGCAGGUGCUGGAGCGGCACGGCGGCGAGGACGCGUUCAUCAACAUUAAGUACAUGGUACCGACGUACGAGUCAUGCUAUCUGAAUUAACC